AUGUCAGAUAAUUUUUUUAUUAAGAAUAAAACAGCUAUUAUAGUGACUGCAUUAGCUGUUACUUCAGCUUUUGGUGCUUAUUAUUAUUACAAUCAACAACAACAAGAAUCAUCAUCUAAAACAAAAGAUCCAAAAUCAACUUCAGACGAGAAAUCAAUUGGAGGUUCAGGAUCAUCUUCAUCAUCAUCUAAAAAGAAUAAGAAAAAGAAGAAAUCUAAAACAUCAUCAAGUCCAGAGCCAAAUGACAAUGCUACUGAAUCAACAACUGCAUUCACCAAAACAACUAAAUAUCCAGUCAAUUCAAAAGGAUUACCAGCAUUAACUUCAGAAAUUAUAUCUAGUUUACCAGAAUCGGAAAAGGAAGAAUGGGCAAUGCAAUUAAAAGAAGAUGGUAAUACAGAAUUCAAAAAUAAGAAAUACGAAAAGGCAAUUGAAUUCUAUUCAGCUGCUUUAGAAUUGAAAAAAGAUCCAAUUUAUUAUUCAAAUAGAUCUGCAUGUUAUGCUGCUUUAGAUGAUCAUGAGAAUGUAAUCAAAGAUACAACUGAAGCCAUUAAAUUAAAACCAGAUUAUACUAAAUGUAUUUUAAGAAGAGCUACUUCAUACGAAGUAUUAGAACAAUAUGAAGAUGCAAUGUUUGAUUUAACUGCUUUGACUAUAUAUGGAGGAUUCUCAAAUAAAUCAGUUGAACAAGUUUUAGAAAGAGUAUUAAGAAAACAUUCAAUUAAAAUAGUUGAUCAAAAAGAGAAAAAAUUCGCUUUACCAUCAGCAGCAACAAUUGGAUCAUUCUUUGGUGCAUUCGAUGAUGAAAAAAUAUUAAAUGACUUGAAUGAAUCAGGUGAAGGUGGUGAGAAAUUCUUAUAUGAUGCAUUAAUUAAAAUUCAAAAUAAUACAAGAGAUGGAUAUGAAGAAGCUGAUACUUUAAUCAAUCAAGCUGUCAAUGCAUUAAAAGAUGACGAUACUAAAGUAAACGUUUAUGCAGUUGCAUUAGAAUAUUUAUCAGCUUUCCAAUUUUUGAAAAAUGAUCCAGCUACAGCAGCAGAUUCAAUCAAUAAAGCUAUUGAAUUAAAACCAAGACCAAGAGCUUAUGUAUUCAGAGCUUUAAUUAAUGCAGAUAAAUCAUCAUAUGAAGAAGCAUUAAAAGAUUUUAAAGCAGCUGAAGAUUUAGAUCCAAAAUCACCAGAUAUUUUCUACCAUUUAGGUCAAUUAUUCUAUUUAACUGGAGAUUUAUUAAAUGCAGAAAUUAACUUCAAUAAAGCCAGAUCAUUACAUCCAGAUAACGUAUAUGCAUACAUUCAAUUAGCUUGUAUCACUUAUAAAAAUGGUAAUCCAGAAUUAGCUUAUGAAAAAUUCACAGAAGCAAAAUUAAAAUUCCCAACAUCACCAGAAAUUCCAAAUUAUUAUGGUGAAAUAUUAGCAGAUAAAGGAGAUAUUGAAAAUGCGUUAAAACAAUUUGAUAUAUCAUCAAGAUUACAAGAAAAAUUGGAUAGAUUUAGUGUAGGAGCAUUACCAUUAAUAAACCAAGCAACAGUUAUAUCAAGAGAAAGUUUAGAAAGAAUUGGAGAAGCAGAAACUUUAUUGAUUAAAGCAUGUGAAUUAGAUCCAAAAUCUGAAUUAGCAAGAAUUUCAUUAGCACAAAUUAAAUUACAAAAAGAUGAAGUUGAUGAUGCUAUAAUAUUAUUUGAAGAAAGUUGUGAUUUAGCAAGAUCAAUUGAAGAAAAAAUUCAAGCUAUUUCAUUUGCUGAAGCUACAAAGAUGCAAAAAAGAAUUAAAAAUGAUCCUAUUUUAACUAGAAAAAUUGCUGAAUUAAUGAGACAAAGUGGGGCUUUAUAA